AUGGCUUGGCUUACCAGAUACGAGCGCCUCCUUCAGCGCGCCCGCCAGCUUAUUAACUUCCACAAAAAGCACGCGCAAGACCCAACAAACGAACGAUUCCUCUUGGCCAAAGCCAUCAGUGACCCCGCGCUACUAGCCGCCGAAUUCCUUGCCCGUGAGACAGAGCCUCUGCAAGAUGAGGCUGAGUACCCUCCAGCUUGGGAGACCGGCCUGCGAUCGCUCUCCAUCAUCCUACGAAACUUCGAAGAGACUGUCAAGCACGAAGAAUGGUACGAAAACUGGGAAGAUGAACGAGUUGCAGUACUCAAGAUGGCGAACGCUAUCCAUCGUGAAGCCCGGCUGAUGGAAGCUGAGGCUGAGGUUGAAGCGAAGAAGAUGAUGGAGGAAGAAGCUGAAGCCAAUGGCCGCAAGAUGCGAAAGACCGCUAUUGAGCGCGCGGCCCAGCUGAUUGAUGCCGAUUUGCAGGCCAAGACCAAGACUCCCUCGAAGAAGAGAAAGGCCGAGGUGGAGGUUCCUGCCACCGACCGAGUCUUGCGCCCUCGCCGCAAGUAG